CGAAGCUGUUUUGCGUGUAGGCUACCAUAGCUGGUUUUCCAGCUAAUGUAAUGUUAACGAACAUCAUUGGUUGCAUCUCGUCAGGCAUAGUUGCAAGGACUAGCCUAGGAGAAGCUGCCACUUCCUAGUAGCUAGCUAGCUACGUUAGACUAACUUAGAUAUCCCUACGUUAACUGUUAGUCAACUAACUACACUUCUCAGCCAACUAGCUAAUUUAGCUAGAUAGCUAAUGUUGAAUAAGCCAACGUUAGUAAAACAUUUUUAAAGUCUAUAGGCAAAAGAAACUCUGACUACUUGCACUGCUCGUUAGCUCGUAGCUUACAAGUCAAUUUACGUAUUAACAUUCGUAGCUCAUGAAAUAUUAUUGAAAGGUUUCUAUUAUGUUGAUGUCUUACGUGCACAAAAUAACUUUGUGGUAACAAAUAACCACAAAUCAGUCACAGUGGCUACCUGCAUGACUGUUAGCUAGGAGCUACCCUGCAUCGUUAGCUAAGUUUAAAUCAAGAUGUUCUUGUAACAUUUUGCUGCUAGCUAGCUCCGAGAAAAAAGAAACAUCAUACAACUUAUCAGGCUUCCCUUGUGUACAAAAUAAGUUUCAGGAGGAUGUUUUUUCUUGCAGCACAUGUCUUUAUUCACCUGAAUUUACCUCAGGUGGGAAAUUGAAUCCAUGGCUUACGCAGUCAGCCAGCCUGAACGUCGACAUACGUCAAGAGCCAACCUUACAGUGAUGUUUAGUUACAGUAUAGAUUUGUGAAUGCAGUACUGUGGCUCUUCAGCCCAAUAGCACGCCAUGUUUACUUUUAACCCUCUUUGGGGUGAAGCAGACACAUUUAAUUCAAUUUAUUGCCUUUAUUGAACCAGUGAGCAGCCCGGCUGACUGCAGCUCCAGCCAUGGCCUCUACCGAAGUCAGCAUGCAUGUGGAGGAAGUGGUUGUCGUGACAACGCCAGACACUGCGGUGGAUACAGCAGUUGUGGAGGAGGUGAAGACUAUGCUGGUCACCACAGAGCUGGCCCAGCAGGGGGAAGAGAUGGUGGAGGAGAACAUGGAACAUGAAUCUGAAACCUCCACCUUCACCGCCACUCCCAUCCUGGAGAAAGAAGCAGUCAUAGCAAUGAAGCUGUCCGAAGAAGUCGAGAAUAUGGAAGCAGAAAUUAUAUACCCCAUAACCUGUGGAGAUAGCAAAGCUGCCCUCAUCUGGAAGAAGUUUGUGUGUCCUGGAAUUAACAUCAAAUGUGUUCAAUAUAAUGAACACCUCAUCAGUCCAAAGGAGUUUGUUCAUCUGGCAGGGAAAUCCACACUCAAGGACUGGAAAAGAGCAAUUCGCUUGAAUGGAAUCAUGUUAAGGAAAAUAAUGGAUUCUGGAGAACUGGACUUUUACCAGCACACCAAAGUGUGCUCCAACACCUGCCGCAGUACCAAAAUCGAUUUAGUGGGCAGCAGGACAUCGUUUAGCAGUCAGCAGUCCACAGAGUACAUCCCUGUCACCCCUUCUUCAGCAGAUGUGAAUGGAUCACCAGCCACAUUCACAGUGGAAACCACAGAAGAAAGCACCGAGUGGGUGACAACGAUAGGAGAAGAUACAGUAACUUUCUGGCGAGGGCUGAAGGACGCAGGACUCUUGGAGGAAGUGGUUGAGGAGUUUCAGAAGGAGGUGAAGGAAACAUUGAAAGGACUACAGGACCGCAUUCAACAACCGCCAUUGCAAGUCACUGAUGCAGUGCUGCUGAACAACAUAGUUCAGAACUUUGGCAUGCUGGACCUUGUGAAGAAAGUCUUGGCGAGCCAUAAAAGCCAAAUGGACCGAUAUCGGGAGCAGUAUACCCGCAGCUUAGUCGCCUUGGAGCAGCAGUGCGACGAGCACCGCAAGCGAGCCAAAGAGCUGAAGAGCAAAUCUCAGCACCUGAACAACGUCCUCAUGACCCUGACGCCCGUCUCCGCAUCGACGGCCCCCAAGCGGCCCCGGCUGACGCGGGCCACGUCCGGCCCGGCCUCGGUGGCCGCCCACGCCGCCGGCCAGCCCGCGCAGAUCACGCUGACCUCGAGCCUGCCGGUGGGCCAGCUGGCCGGCCUCUCCCUGGACAAAGUGGUGUCGGCCCUUCAGGCCUCCGGCAUCAACAACUCCCAGCACGCGGCCGCCUUCACCGCGGCCGGCUCACCGCUCCUGGGCGGCUACACGGUGCUGGCCUCCCCCGGCGCGGGCAUCCCCGGCGCGGUGGAGAUCCAGCCGGAUGCCUCCAACCUGACGGUGCUGAGCACGGCCGCCAUCCAGGACGGCGGCACCAUCGUCAAGGUGAUGAGCCCCUUCCAGCUGCUCACGCUGCCGGGGCUGGGCGCCGCCCUGCAGAACGUGGCGGGCGCCGGGGGCACCAUCGUCGCCAUGCCGACCGGCAACAUCGAGGCGGUGGUGGCGCAGGCCGAGGAGGCCGCCGUCAUCGAGGUCAAAGAGGUGGAUCAAAUGGCGGAAAAGCAGUGAAAGGCCGAGCGGCCGCCGGUACGGCAGGCGCAGAGCCACCCAGAGUGCCCAAUGUCUCGCCACUAAGCUUAGGGAGAGUACUCCAGCCGAGCCUGACCUGGAAUGUGUCAUGACUACUGUUUUAGUUUUGUUUUUGUUCGUUUAAUUUAAAUGUUUUUUUUUUGUCUUUUUGUCUGUCUUUCGUUUUAAGAUGUCGAGAUCAGACUUGGUGGUCACCAAUACGCAGCUGCUCAUUGGUCAGGUGUGAGGGAUUGUUUGGUGGACCAAUCAGGCAGUGGCAUUGCCCAUGUGGUUAUCAUUUUAAACCAAUCACAUUUCAUACAGCUGACUGAAGUUAACAAUGUAAAAGUUCAUGUCUGCACUUCAGCAGCAACUCGUCUUAACUGUAUGUUGAAAUCGGUGACCCGAUAGACAUGGCAUCUCCAGGAUGACAAGGAUAUUGAGUAUUGUUAAGCGAUUGCUCGUGUGCAGUUAAUUUUUUUCUUAAAAACUUCUAUUUUAAUCUUUCAGAUUCCUUUUUGUGAAAACAAUACAGGGUAAUUUCCCGUUGUGGAAAAAACUUGAGUGCAAGGCCGGCUGCAGAAAAUAUCCCAGUUUCAGUGUUUGGUGUAAAUGUAAUACAUGCCAUUCUAAAGCAGUGCUGAGACAUAGUGCUUGUGCCUUCUCAUCCUUCAUUUUUUUAAUUGCGAGGAACUCUGGCUUACAUACAGUGUACCUAAACAGUAUUUUUUCUUCUAUUUAAAUGAAACAGUUUUACUGGUAAGCUGUAACGGCAUUAUGUAAAGGAAAUAACAUUGUUUUGUCUAUGCUGAAUUGGAGACGUGCUGUCUUCGCCGAAAUAUUAAUUGCAACAACUCCCGUAAACACCCGAGCAUUUGAACCCAGGAUAGUGGUUUAAUAUUUUUUUGAACUGAACUUACCAAGAAACUGAUAAAGAUUUUCAAACGCUGUGACAUGCUGCACAAUUUCAAAAACGUCCUUUCCUAAGACAUACUGUUAAAUGCAUUACGAAUUUUAACUGUUUAUUACAAGGUUUUUGUUUUGGGUUUAUGUAAAACUGCCAUUGUAGAUAGUUUACACUUGAAUAAAACAGUCUGUAAAGUUUACAUUUUGCUAAUGAAUUGUACAUUGUAUAGUUAUAAAAUAUGAUCUUUGUUUGUAGCUAUUUCAUUAUAUCACAUUGUAAAAAAAUAAUAAAUAAUUACUGCUGCCUUUGGUAUCCAAUUAUUAAACAAAAGUUUGUUGAAAGUAGUAUCCAAAAUAGCUUUGUUCUUGGAAUACAAAAGGUAGAACUGGUAGAACUGCUUUGAUAUAAGGCAUUAAUCAUUUUGUUGUGUACAUAGAAUAAAAGUGUUGUUUACAUUUUGAA